AAUAGGGGGAAAGGGGGAGAUCCUUUUCGUCCUUUAUUGGGUUUUUUUUAAUUUACGGCAUCAUCCUUCGCGAGGGAAGGAAAGCGGUUUCAUCCGAGCUUCAUUGUAACAGAAGCCAAGAGCACGUCGGUGCACUGACGAAGUGAGUACAAUACAGACCGGUCUACUUGAAUCUGCUGCAAGCUGGGAAUAAAAUCGUUACGCUAACUGGGGAGAUGAAACCGGAUGGGGUUGACACGGCAGCUAUGGAGCCUAUGGAAGCAAGAGGAGCAGAGCCCCUGGUGGAGGGAACAGCCACAGAGGAGGAUCCGCAGCAAGACCCUUUACAGUCGCACUCUGACGAAGCGGAGAAGCAGCAGCAACCCGAAAUGCCAGCAGCGCCACCUGCUGUCCAGGAGGGGAACAGCAAGCCAGCGGACACCAAAACAAAGGCGAAGGGCCCAGCCAAAACGAAACCCGGCGCCGCUGCUCUGAAGAGCACAACAGCUGGGCCCGGUUCCCGACCCGGCACGGCGCAGAACCGCUCCGUCAACGGUGUCCAAAAACCCCUGUCAAACGGAGUGCAGAAAAAGGUCAAUGCCGCCGGCCCUGAGAAGAAGCCCGGCACGACUGGCACCAUGACCACCGCGGCGUCCAAAAGGCCGGCCACUACAGCCGCCGCCGGGUCAGCCAAGGUGCCCGCCAGGAGGUCUGGGGGAAGCAGUACCGGGGGGCCGGGCACCGCCGUCUCACCACAGCCCAACAAGAAGGGCCCUGCCGGGGGUCCAACCGAUGGCGGCAAAGCAAAACCCAAAAUGGCUGCCUCCAAACCCGCUGCUGCCAAACCCGACAAGGCCGCCGUUUCCAAAGCAACCAGGCCUGCUGGUGGUCCUCGUCCUACUUCCACGACAACGGCGGGAAAGCCGGUCGUCAACUCCACCACCACCUCCCGACCUGCCACUUCACGACCUACGGCUCCACCUGCUGGCCGUAACACUGCAGUGCAACCCACUAAACCCACACCUUCUGCAAAGAAAGAUGUCAAUAAACCGACUACAGUUCCAGUGAAAAAACCAGCUGCAGCCCCUACCCGCCCCCCCCCCAGCCAAGACUGCAAAAUCCGACGCCCCCAAAACGAGCGCAGCUGCCAGGCCGGAGCCCGCUGCCAAGAGGGCGCUUUCUGCCAACAAGCCGGCAGAUGCCAAAACUAG